AUGAGCGGCGAAAACUUCAAAACGCCGUUGUCAAAACUUCGUUUUGACCCGAAAUCUGCGCGGUCGACCGCGGCGAAACGCGAUUCCUUGGCUGCAGAACUGGAACGAGACCCACAAUUGUCGACUGCCAAACGGCAGCAGCGAACUCAGGUUUUCAAUUCGACGAUAUCGCAUGCUAACCUCGAGCGACAGCUGCUCGCUGCCCAGACCGCCAACGCCGAGCUCGAGGCCAAACUUCGUGAAAAGGAGUUGCUCAUCGAACGUCUCGAACGAGACCGACGAUGGUUUGCCGACCGCGAAAAGGAAGAGCGUGAAGAGAAAGAAAGGGAACGAGAGGCCCACGAUGAAGCCCAGCGCAAAGCAGACAGCGACAUUCGUAACCUGAGAACGUCCUUGACGACCCUCAGAGAAGAAUAUGCUGAUCUUCAGGAUACUCAUUCUGCCCUGGGACGCAGCACAAGCCAGACUAUCGCGUCUCAGAAAGCUCAGAUUACGACACUGAACCACCGAGUUGACCUGCUUCAAGACGAGCUGUCGCAGGCUCAGCAGAUGGCUGACGAACGUGAUCGAAGACUGGCCGACCUUCAAGCUCGAUAUGACGACCUGGACGCGCAGCAAGACACCCUCGUUCACUCUGGAGCGGAGCAGGAAAGCAUGGUCAUCAUUCGGGAAGAACUACAGCGCCAGGCCAGUUACCUCCGGACUCUGGAAUCCACCAACGCGAAACUAUCGUCGGAGCUCACCUAUCUGCGGGAAAGAAACACCAACAUCGAAGUCCUCAGGGAGGAGAAACGUGGCUUGGAACUCAAACUAACCGUUCUCGACGAGCUUCGAGAGAAGGUCGUUAGACUGGAAGCUGAGGUCGAAGCAGCACGACGGGAACGAGAGGAAUGGGCGAGCAAGGAGAGCGGGGAAAGCAAGGCUGCGUCUGCUGCUGUCUCCCAGAAUCUGACUGAGCUACGACUGGCUCACGCACGACUGAUGGAGGAGCACGGUGCUACCGUGGCAUCUCUCCGCCAACGCGAGGUCGAGGCUGCCCACCUCGAAAAGCAGGAGGCUGUGUCUCAGCAGAAGAUCCAGUCUUUGGAGGAACAGCUGAAUUCCAUCAAGCAGGACCUGGCUCGCAAGGACUCGGCAAAACUUCUCGCUGAGCGAGAGGUGCAGUAUCUGCAGGCACUGCUGGCGAGCUUCAAAGCAGAGGAAGAGUUUCUGGAAAACCCGCCCUCGGUUGACGAAGCGAAAGCUCAGAAGAUGGAGGAACUGGAGAGCCUGCUCGAAGAAUACAAGGCGAUCAACGUACAGCUGUCGAAUGACGUGGAAGAGCUUCAGGCUGCUCAAGCUUCAUCAUCGCUCGUCUCAAACGAAGAGCUAGAGAAAAUGGAGAAGGAAAAGGCUGCCUUGCGACAGACUAUUGAAGAGCACGAGGCCGAAAUCAAGGAGCACCUCGAGAAGAUCGACAAGCUUGAGCAGGAGCUAUUCGACCUGUCCGGCGAGAUUGCCGGCGGCCGCCACGUACCUCCCAAGACACGAGUGCUCUGCAUGAAGGAGAACCCUGACCAGGAAUGGGUCGACCUUCGACAAGCCACGAUGGACCGCAUCAGGGCCGAGAACGACGCCCUCAUCCAGCGGCUGAAAGAACUCGAGGCAGGUCGCGCUGUUGCUGCAGACAGCAGUCAGGAGGAGGCCCUCCCGAAGGAGAGCUACGACCAGCUCAAGGCGGAGAAGCUGGCUCUCGAGGAACUGGUCGAGCAGAAGGAGAAGAGGUUGCUUAGGCUGAGGGAAGUUUUCAUUGCCAAGUCUGCCGAGUUCAAGGACGCGAUUGCUGCCAUCCUUGGUCUCAAGUUUGCCUUCUAUCCCAACGGCCAGGUUCGGGUGACGUCGAUGUACGACGUGAACGCCGCGUUCAUCUUCCAGCCUGUUAAGGGGGAGGACUCGAUGAAGAUGCAGUUGGUGGCGCAGGGAGAAGGAGGGUUGGAGGAUCUGCCGAACAUGGUCCAGUAUUGGAUCGAGGGAGAGCAGUGUACGGCGGGAUUCUUGGCCAGCGUGACGCUGGAGUGCUAUGAUAUCUGGAAGCGGAAUAAUGGUGGGCAGGGUGGACCCCCGCCUAUGUCCUGA